GGCGGAGGACUUAUAUAAAUACCCUCCGAGGACUUUUUUUUUAAAGCGUAAAAGUCACGGUAUUUGCGGUAAAUCGCUGUGGAAAUACUUAAACGUCUGGAUUAUGCAAAGGUGUGUUAGUUAGCCGACGUCUUGCGGGCGUUUGGAGCAACUAAAGUGCACAAAAAGUUAGUUUUUUUUUCAGCUCAGACGCGCACGAGACGCAGCCGAGGACUAAAGGGAUUUUACCGUCUUAUUUUUCAUACAUUGUUUUAUCGUUUUCUUGCGCUACAAGGGGAUGUAAGUCUACAGUUUUGGAUCUGUUCACGUGUAUAUAAAGAACCGGGAUAAAACCACUUUAUUGUUUUUAGCCCACUUCGUUUGAACUCACCAUGCUGGCGAACACGGCGCUUUACGCGGCGAAGAAACGGAAGAAGCCGGUCCAGAAAAUACCCAAACCACCACCUCCCGAUGGCGCCAAGUCCAACCCGUCCAAACGCCACCGCGACCGGCUCAACGGUGAGCUGGACAAGCUCACCAGCCUUCUGCCUUUCACCGAGGAGGUCAGGGCUCGGCUGGACAAGCUGUCGGUGCUCCGCCUCAGCGUCGGCUACCUGAAGGUCAAGAGCUUCUUCAACGCCACCAUCAAGAAAGGCCAGAACGGCUCCAGCUGGACCAGUGAGCGGAACCUCAUGUUCAGGGGAAACGCACAGACUCCCUCCUCCACAACCUCCACCUCCUCCGCCUCCGCCGCCCUGGCCUCCGUCUCUGAGGUGACCUCCAUCGACGGCGUCAGGUUCACUGAGGGCGACCUGCUGCUUCAGGCGCUGAACGGCUUCGUGCUGGUGGUGACGGCUGAAGGCUACGUCUUCUACACAUCGCCAACCAUCCAGGACUUCCUCGGCUUCCACCAGUCGGAUGUGGUCCAUCAGAGCGUGUUUGAGUUGAUCCACACAGACGACCGCGCUCUCUUCAGACGGCAACUUCACUUCGCUCUCAACCCAAAUACCAACCAGCAAGACGGCACCGCAGAGGAUCCCAGUGCACAGAGUUCCGCGGAGGUCAGCACCAACGUGUUGACCUACGACCCCCAGGCCAUCCCUCCAGAAAACUCUUCCUUCCUGGAGAGAAACUUCUGCUGCCGUUUCCGCUGCCUGCUCGACAACUCCUCUGGCUUUCUGGCCUUGAACUUCCGCGGCUGCCUGAAGUUCCUCCACGGUCAGAACCGGGUGUCUGACGAUGGGACGCUGUCUCCACCGCAGCUCGCUCUGUUCUCCAUCGCCACACCCAUGCAGACGCCGUCCAUCCUGGAGAUCCGUACCAAGACACUCAUCUUCCAAACCAAACACAAGCUGGACUUCACCCCUCUGGGCAUCGACACCAGAGGGAAGGUGGUUCUGGGUUACAAUGAAGUGGAGAUCUGUAUGAAAGGUUCAGGCUACAACUUCAUCCACGCUGCAGAUAUGAUGUACUGCGCCGACAACCACGUAAGAAUGAUGAAGACAGGAGACAGCGGCUUCACUGUCUUCAGGCUUCUGUCCAAAGGUGGGACAUGGGUUUGGGUCCAGGCCAGCGCCAGGCUGGUCUUCAAAACAGGAAAACCAGACUUCGUCGUGGCCCGGCAGAGAGUUUUGACAAAUGAAGAAGGUGAAGAGCAGCUACGCCUCCGUCGGCUGCAGCUGCCGUUCAACUACGCAACUGGAGAGGCGUUGCUUUACAACAUUACUCCAACCGUGGAUGUCCCCGACCCCUGCUCCGCCCCCAAGCAGAGGAAGUUAGACAGCAACUCGGUCAGCCGUGAGUCCAUGCUGGGCUGCAUGCUGAGUCAGGACCAGUCUAUCUACUGUGAACACAACACUGCCACCACCAUCAGCUCCCUCAACGACAUCGCCUUCAAGGACACCCACGCUACAGUCAACGUUCCUGGAGAUGUGUGGCAGCUGGCGUCUCCCAAACCUGUAGUAGGGAGCCUGGUGAAGUCUGAGGACACAGUUCAGGACAUGAUGGAGACCCUGCAGCAGAUCCUCGGGGAAAACGACCUCAGCGACGCCCUGGAUGUUGGUCCUGAAGAGCUGAAGAGCUGGGAGAGCACCCUCCUGAAGAUGAGCAACAACAGCUGUGAGAUCAACGAAGACCUGGACAAUAUUCUGGGCAACGACAUCCUGUCCUACGUAGAGGAGCAGCUCCAGAGGGAGGGCGGGUUCAAGCUGCCAGAUCAGCUUGAUGACAUCCCGCCUUGCCUCUCCGCUUUGGACCUCCAGAACCAGAUUCCCGAUCAGGGUGUGGAGCAGAUCUUCGGCUGGACUCCGGAGCCUCAGAACCAGCUGAUGGCAAACGGACGGCAGAUGAAACUGACCCACAUGGAUCUUCCCCAGUUCACUUCUGGUUUAAAUGGUCCAACCCUUCAGCAGAUCAACUCGCAGCCAACGCUUCCCACUUCUGGUGGUCUUCAACUGGGAACCACAGGCAACACUGGCGCUCCGGUUACCUUUGACCCCUCCGUGCCGGCUAAAACACAAAACCAACUGAGAGCCAUGCAAGUCGCCGGCAAGGACAACAACUGUGGAGCAUUCUCACUCAGGCAAACGUCAGCCAAUCAGAUUCAGGCCAACCAAAUUGUUCAACCAAUGCAGAACAACCUUCACAUGAGGACGCCCAACCUGCAAAUCGGCCUCCAGGACCAAAGCGCGAAAAGACAGUUAAAUCCUGUGUUCAACUUUCAGGGAAACCAGUGGAACGCCUCUGUCCCCAACGCAAACCAAGCCGACAACUUUGUAGAAGCAUACACCAAAAAUAUUUCAAAUGACGCAGUUUUCACUGCAGAUCUUCCAGCGUCCGGCUGCUUACAGGGCCGCUUUGCACUUCAGACACAAAACAGUGAGAAUCAGAGACAGUCUUGGCCACUGGAGCAGCAGCUGAUCUCCAGUGGUCACCAACAAAUGGGUGCCUGUCUCAACCAAAUGUCAGGAUUUCAAAGGAAUCCUCUUCCCGGGGCUGUCGCGGCCCAGAACGCCGUCAACGGCAGGCCAAUAUUCAGGACUCCAGAGACUUCAAAUGUACCAUUUCCUGUUCAGCAGGUCAUGGAGCCUGCACCUUCUAGCAGUUGUAUGUUCAGAAAUGCCCCAACCUCUGUGCCUGUAAAUGGAGCGCACCUCAGUCAGGUGCCCUCCUGUCAGAGACUGAACCCCGCCAGCAACCCGGUUCCCUCCAAGUCCUCCUGCCUCUAUCAGGGUCUCCCCGGAGGUGGAUCGGUCCCGAAUCCCGAUGAGGCAGUGCUGUCCUGCCAAAUGACAGCUGGUCUCGACCCGGAUGGCCUGCUGGUGCAACAACAGCCAUACCUAAACUUCAGUGAACAGACACGGAUCAACAACCGUCCAGUCAUGGGAAAUGGAGGUUUCCCUUUCUCCUUGCUCCCCAAUGGAAACACAUACUACUCUGAGAACAAAUAGGAAUCAGCCGCUGUGACUUCUGGACAGCAGAGGAUUCAAACUGGGACUGAAACGGCAGAAUAAAGGAAGCGAGAAGACUCCUGUCUCUAAACAUGAAAGAGGAUCAGACUGAAGAGCAGAAAUGUGCCCCGGAAGGACGAGGAGACAAUACAGGACGCCUCUCCCAGCCCUCUUCUUUCUUCUUAUUAGGAAACAGCGUUAAAAGCUUUAAACGUUUGCUUCGGCAUGGCUGGUCUUUGAGGAAGAGAAGAAAAAGAAAGUUUUCAAGGAAAAAAGUCUGAAUUCCCUCUUCGGAGCUGGUUGGAUUGUACCAAAAAAAAAAUCAGUGAUUUCUUCUGUGCAAUCAUCAGGAAUUUUAACAGAAACACGACUGGAUUUUACACCACGUUGAUGGAUGGGAGUUUGGCAUCAAGUCAUCUUCAGCCAAUUAAGCGCUUCUCUUUAUCUCAGGAUGGGGAAGUUAAAUAAACAAACUCCUUAGAUCGUAUCCUUGAAGUCUUUUCUCUUGUAAAACCCACACAACCUGCACAAAAACACAAAUCUUUGUGUUUUCUGGACUGUUUUUUUUCCACUCAUUCCAAACUGCAGUGGGCUCAUUACUGCCCCUUGUGGUCCCAGAGCAGAAAACACCCAGCUUUUAAUUUCUGCUUCACAGACAAAUCUGGCUGCAGAUUUAUGUGUUUUUACACAUUUAUAAAGAGAUGUUUGAGUCCCCUCCUACUGAUCAAGGUUGUCUGUAUUAAUGUGGAAUAUUUUCACUGUGGAAACAUGAGUUUAUCAGGACAAAAAUCUAUCAAUAAUGUACUGACACUUGGGAGGGAGUACUUCACCCUCAAAAUCACCUUUUAUAUAUCGAUCACUCACCCUCAAUUUGUAGUUUUUUUCGCUUUGAAAACUUUUUUUCAAGAAUUCAACACAUGCAUUGGAUGAUUUAUAAAAAAAAGUGUAAUAUUUCACCAGAGAAAAGACGAGAGGGAUGAGUUUUGGGUUUUAAAGAGCUGCUUCCCUGAGCGUUCCUUGGUCCCCACACAGCCGAUGAGACCUGAAUGAAAGUAAAAAGUAAGACUUGUUAAUCCUCUGCCGUCUCUAGCGCACAAACCCCAUACUCCUUAAAAACCUGUUUUCUCUUUUGAGCAUUCAGAAGGAUAAAAUAUAUCUCCCUUUUGUUGUUGUUGCUGUUUUUGUCCUUUUGAAAACGCGUCUUGUUUUAAGUUCAUUUCAACUCUUUGCUGUCCCAGUUAGGGAGGUUUGCUUUGCAGACAGGGUAUAAAAAAAAGAAAACGCACAACAGAAUCACACUAUCGUCCUACUAACAGAUUUUAAAACGAUUCAGUGAAACCAGCUGCUUGUUAGUGCCUCUUUUAUAUAUUUUAAAAGCAUUCAGUCAGAGCUUUUAUCACCGAGCCAGUUUUUUUUUCUUCUCUGUUGAAUAUUUCUGUGUUGUUGUUUUCCUGUUGUAGGGAGAAAGAAAAAAAUACAGAGGGUGCCUUAAACUGACACAAGGGUCAGUUUGUUCACAAUUUAAAUCAUUUCCACUGCAAAUAUUUGCAAUUUUUUUUCGUGGAAAUGCGUUAUUUAAUAUAAACCAAACCUUGCCUUCACUUCACAACGCCAAUUUGUGAGAUUUAAUUAUUUUUUUUGCACUAAAAAGUGUUUGCCAAAGCAUAGGAAAAAAAUGAUUCACAAACCUUUAAGAGCUUAAAUAAGUGCCUUAAGCAACUAUAUGAUAACAAAGUUAAGAUUCAUUAUAAUAAGGAUCAUUAUUAUGUCUUAUUCGAAUAGAACUCAACUUUACUUUCUUUAAAUGGGCCCAAACUGAGAGUCAAAGCUAAGCAGGCUCACCCACUGCCUUAAGAUUGUCUUUUAAACCAGAUUCUUUAGAUCCAAACAUUAACCGAUACCUGAAUAUAAAAAUCCCAGGAUGUUAAUCAGCCUCUCCUUAAGAUACUGCUUGUGAGAGUGGACCCUUUGUUCAUAUUUCCGUCCUCUUCCUCUUUCCUGUUUUUUGUCUUUGUGGUUAAUUUAUCGACGCUCUUGCUCGGACCGGCAGUAUCGACGAUUGUCCGGCAGCGAAAAAACACAGAAGUAAAACGGUUAAAGGCAGCUAUUGUAUAUUUAAAAUGAGGGGAAAAAUGGAAAAGAUGAACACUUCACAAGUGCCUUUUAAUUGACCUCUUCUUUAUUGUCUUUUUAUUUUUUUUAAAAAGCAACUCAGCACUUAGAUUGAAAAGAAACAUCACGAGAAAGCCUCAAACUGCAAGACUUGUGCGUCGCUUACAUCCAGUACUGAGCCAUAAAAUGUGAUUUUUAUCUAAGCAACUCAUUAUCAGCACUUUUGUACUUUUUUUAAAAACAAUUCUCCUGGAAUAAGUAGGCGAUUUUAGAAGCUGCAAAAGACAAAAGUAAUAGUAGCAGACUUGAAUAUUUGACUUAAAAACCAAAAAUGAUGUCAGUGAAGCCAUGUGUGACGCUUUGUUCUCCGGGAUACCAAAGGGAAAAGACGGAAUACACAUCUACCGUUGGAAAACCGACACAGAAAAUGAUUUCUGCACAUGGAACAGCAGGAAAUAGACCAGAAUGUGGUUUGUUAGAAAUAUGAUGCGUUUGAGUAGCGUUCACGUCAAUACUCGAAGUUGCACUUAAACGUUUUCAACCUGUGACUACUGGGGUACAAAUGUUUUAAAAAUAUUGCCCUGAUUAGUCACUGAAAGACAUAAAAACAUGAAAAAAUAGAUUCUACGUUUAAGUUCUCCUUUGAAACUGGGAUUUUUAUGACAUUUGGCACUCAAAAAAACCUCAAAACACAAAAAUAGAAGCCCAAGUUUGUCGCUUAAUAAUCAUUUUAUAAAUUUCUCUGUAACUCCUGCUUUUUUGUCCUAUUAUAUAGAACAUAGAUAGCAUAUAGAACAUAAAGGCUGUUGGAUAAAACCACAUUUUUUCACUGUAUUUGUGACAUUUUUUUCGACCAAAAAUCUAUCAAUGAAUGGAAAAAAUAACAUGCAGAAGAGCAGCUUUUUAAAAAGUUUCAGUGGAUUAUUCUAUCUGCAGUCUAUGAAAGAAAAAUCCUUGUUUUCUAGUCUUAAUUAUGACUUGGAGGUUGACUGAACGCUGCAUUAGCAACAAGUGAGCUGUUGAAAUGCAUUCUGGGUGAUGUAGUUAACCACUGACUGGGUUGCAGUUUACUCUGGUUGCUUUGGCUCAAUUUUCAGAACAUAAACAUCGACUGUGUGUCAAAUUUAAUCCCAAAGAUAUUUUGGUCGUUAUUGUAUUAUUAAUGUCAUCAAACACACAAAUAGUCAUUUUUUUCAAAGAUUAUUUAAGAUGCUAUGAGAAAAAAAGUACCUCUAUACAGAAUUUGUGUUUAAAACGAUUAUUUUACAAUACUUUCCUUUAAAAAUGUGCAGUUUAUUCACCAAAUGUACUAUAUUACUGCUUUUAUAACAGUAAAUCUACAUUAUAUUUUAUCUAUAGGAGAGGUUUUUUUAAAUUUACACGUAUUAAAUUCUGUGAAAAUUGAGACAAAGCAAUUGUUAAAAACACGUGAAUUGUAAUAAAACACAUAACUUUAAAAAAAAAAAUCCCCCCCAAGUUGAUCACUGUUGAUGUUUUUGUGAACUUCGACACACCCACAACAAGCCUGCAGGACAUUUUUAGAUUAUGUGGUGGUGCGUUCAGGUGCUUUAACAAAAUCAGAUUCGCCAAAACCAAACCAAAAAUCACCACAGAUGGAUGGUAUUUUUUUUGGUAUCUUUUAACACAGGCGGAAUUUAUAAGACUCAGUACAAAAACAAGUGAGUGCUUUCAACGAAAUCAUAAAGUGUUCAUAUAGAAACAUAAAAUAUAUCUUGAUGCUUGCUUCUCGAUGAAAAAAAAGAAAAACCUUUGUACCUUAUUAUACUUUUCAAAUCCCAGGAGGCCAAGGCUUCAAAUUGCAGUAUCUUUGUGUACCUGUAUAUAAAUAUAUAUAUUUGCCUUCUUUUUUUCUUCAAAAUAUGUAUUGUCCUAUAUUGUG